AUGGAGAGCCAGCAGUCACAGCCGCCUGCGGUCUCGCCUAAGACCAUCGAGAAGAAGAUGGUUGAGGAGAGCGAACACGCUGGAAUUCCUGCCUUCCAGUUCGAUCCCGAUGCUCCCCCAUCCAAGAAAGCUGAACAGGUAGAAUUGGCGAUACCAUCGGACAUGUUCAAGCAAUCCCAAACAAAGGCCGUCGGUGUCUCUACGGAUAUUGUCAACGGCACUUCGAGUAUAUCGAGCAAAGCUCCCAAAGUAGUCGAUGCCGGUAAACCUGAAGCACCAGCAGAAACGAACGGCGAACUCGAUGAAGCAGCCAGGUGGGAUCGACACAGGACCGGCUGGGCUCCCCGCUUUCAUACACCCGAGGAUGACAUGGAUGAGGGGGACACGCUCUUGGACCAUCAAACAUUCAUCGAAACCAAGUUGGAUGACAAGUUUUUCGGAGAUUGGUAUCAUAACACCGCGGUCAUCAUUUUCGCCUGCCUGGCAUCAUGGGUAAUAGCGCUGCUUGGUGGAGGUUUGGGGUGGGUGUUCAUAGUCAUGGCCGGUUGCGCAUCGUACUACCGCACUUCUAUACGUCGCGUUCGACGAAAUUUCCGAGAUGAUAUCAAUCGCGAGAUGGCAAAAAAUAGACUGGAAACCGAUACGGAAAGCUUGGAAUGGAUUAAUAGUUUCCUCGUGAAAUUUUGGCCUAUUUACGCCCCUGUCCUCUGCGACUCUAUUAUAAACUCCGUCGAUCAGGUUUUGAGCUCUGCUACGCCUGCCUUUCUAGACAAUUUGCGCCUGAAGACCUUUGUCCUUGGAAGCAAACCCCCUCGUCUAGAGCACGUCAAAACCUACCCAAAAACCGAAGUCGACACGGUGCUCAUGGAUUGGAAAUUCAGCUUCACGCCCAAUGACACAAUGGAUCUUACUGCUCGGCAGCUGAAAAAUAAAAUCAACCCCAAGGUCGUACUGGAAGUUCGCAUUGGCAAAGCGCUUGUUUCGAAAGGCCUCGAUGUGAUUGUGGAAGACUUUGCAUUUUCAGGCCUGAUGAGAGUGAAAGUCAAGCUUCAAAUUCCGUUCCCACACAUUGAACGUGUUGACGUCUGCUUCCUUGGCCGCCCAGAAAUCGACUAUGUUUGCAAACCAUUAGGUGGUGAUCUGUUGGGAUUCGACAUCAACUUCAUCCCUGGACUUGAAAGUUUCAUCAAGGAUCAGAUCCACGGAAACCUGGGCCCGAUGAUGUAUGAACCCAAUGUCUUCCCCGUCGAAAUUGCGAAGAUGCUUGCAGGUAACCCGGUAGAUCAAGCUAUCGGUGUGGUCGCAGUCACCAUUCAUGGAGCCUACGGCCUUAAAAAUUCCGACAAGUUCAGCGGCUCUGUGGAUCCUUAUACAGCAGUGUCUAUUAAUAGUAGAACUCCUCUUGGUCGAACAAAAACAAUUCACGAUAACCCCAACCCUAGGUGGAAUGAAACAAUCUACGUUAUCAUCACCUCUUUCACAGAUUCUCUUACUUUCCAUGUCUACGACUGGAACGAGUUCCGGAAGGACAAGGAACUUGGAAUAGCGACAUUCCCAUUGGAGCCUCUCGAGCAUGAGGAUGAACAUGAAAACAUAACCCUUGAGAUUUUAUCCAGUGGCCGACCACGCGGAGGGCUCAUGACUGAUAUUCGCUUUUUCCCUGUCCUGGAGCCGACAACAGUCGAAGGUGGCACCGUGGAGCCCGCUCCGGAAUCUAAUUGUGGAAUUGCAGGGUUUACGAUUGAACAGGCGAAGGAUCUUGACGGAACCAGGAGUCUUAUUGGACAGCUCAACCCAUAUGGUGUCUUGUUGCUGAACGGCAAAGAAAUUCACGUUACUAAUAAGCUGAAGCGGACAAACAACCCGAUUUUCCAAAAUCCCACAAAGGAAGUGUUGGUUACAGAUAGAAAAACGGCGCGAUUUGGUAUGAUGAUCAAAGAUGACCGAGACCUUGCUACUGAUCCUAUUCUCGGAAGAUACCAAAUGAAACUUAAUGACAUGUUGAGAUCGAUGGAGAAAGGCCAAGAAUGGUUCAACCUUGCCGGCGCGAAAACCGGCCGUGUUAAGCUUAAGGUCCAAUGGAAACCUGUGGCCCUCAGGGGAAUAGUUGGUGGUGGAGGGUAUGUUCAUCCCAUCGGCGUCAUGCGUAUACACAUCCAACGUGCCAAAGGCUUAAGGAACGUGGAGACGAUGGGCAAGUCCGACCCGUAUACUCGAGUGCUCCUCUCUGGAAUUGAGAAAGGCCGUACCGUGACGUUCGCAAAUAAUCUUAACCCUGAGUGGGAUGAGGUUAUUUACGUUCCAAUGCACUCUCCACGUGAGAAACUGAUACUCCAGGUUAUGGAUGAGGAAACUAUUGGAAAGGACAGGCCCCUCGGAAUGGUCGAACUAUCAGCCGCUGACUACAUCCGUGAAAACGAGAAUGGCGAAUAUGAAGUUGACGAUGAGAAGCAACAGAUGUCCAGUGGCCUCCGUAUUGGCGGACGCGGCCCGGCCAAGGGCAUCCUCGAUUAUACUGUUGCUUUCUAUCCCACUCUUAACGUCGUCGAUCCUGAGGAAGAGGAGGAAGAGGAGGCCACUCGCGCAGCUAUGGCUAGCGAAAUGCCCAUGGAUGGUCCCAGAAAGAGCCUCGAAAGUGGCCGUGCAAGCCUUGAAAAUGGCACCAACGGCACCAACGGCACUAGACCUAGCACUGAUGCCAGAACAAAUGGUGCUUCAAGCCUUGAUGCUCCCUCUUCAAAGGGACCGUCAUCCAAUACCUCCCAAGAUUCACUGAAAUUGCCUACUCCUCCUAAAAUUCGCCUUACCCCACAAGAUCUUUCUCAAUACGAGUCUGGAUUGAUCGUUUUCAAGCUCAUCGACGGCCAGCUGGCACAUUCAAAUGUCCAACUUGAAGUUUUGAUGGAUGAUCAUGUAUUCCCAUCGUAUACCUCGCCUCGAACAAAAUCUAAAGAAGCUGUGUUUGGCGAUGUUGGCGAUGCAUUUGUCCGUGAACUUGAAGUAUCGAAAAUCACUCUCCGCCUCGUUGAAAAAACGGAUACCAAAGGAGAAGAGGAUGCCAAUCACGCUUUAGCCAAGCUCACUGGCCCGACGCUACCAACGCUUCAACAAUGUCUAAACAAACCCACGCAACUAACGCUUAGGUCAAAUGACGGUUCGACGAGCAAAAUAACUGUCAGCCUGAAAUACAUUCCUGUGAAGAUGAAGCUGGACCCUAGGGAAAGUAUUAAUAAUAUGGGGACACUUCGUGUCGACGUUUUGGAUGCUGCUGAUUUACCUUCCGCUGACCGCAAUGGAUUCAGCGACCCAUACUGCAAGUUUAAGCUGAAUGGCAAAGAAGUUUUCAAAACCAAGGUGCAGAAAAAGACUCUGCAUCCCGCCUGGAAUGAAUUUUUCGAAUGCUCUGUCAAGUCUAGAAUUGGUGCGGACUUGAGACUCGAGGUGUACGACUGGGAUUUCGGUGACAGGGCGGAUCACCUAGGUGGAACGGAUAUCAACCUUGAGAAAUUGGAACCGUUCAUUGCCUCAGAAAUUUCGUAUCCGCUUGAUGGUAAAUCUGGUGCGGUACGACUCAAGCUGCUUUUCAAACCAGUUUAUGUGAUGAGGUCUCGGCAAGGUUCAUCUACAUUUUCCGGCACAUUUGCCGCUCCAGGUAAAAUUGUCGGUGCGCCCGUUAAGGGAGUAGGAUUCGUUGGCGGCGGCGUUGUUAAAGGUGCAUCUUUCAUUAAACACAGCAUUCUUCGUCGCGGUGGUAGCAAGGACGACGAUGACGACAAGUCCAUUACUUUACCAGAACCAUCAGGGGGGGAGAACCUCGCAAUUCCCACCAUGGCAGUCACACCAAGUGACACGCCGCAGAGAGCAUCAGCCCUUGUUGACGGAGCCGCACCCCCGUUAACCCCUACACCAAGCACCCCUCAGACACCACACAGCCGUUCUCGUAGCAUUGCCUCCCAAUUCAAUGAAAAGAUUGGACGGAGUGGUGGAAGCAAAGGAGAUACCGGGACAGCAAACUUCACCAUCAUUUCCGCUGCAGGGUAUCCUUCCGGAACCAAUGUGCGCGUCACAGUCAAACAGAUAACUUCCAAGGGCGCGAAAGAAGUACACAAAACCAAGGCCAUAAAGUCAGCUCACCACUCUGGAUCAUCAACUCCUUCUACAACGCCUACCGUCCAGUUUGACCCUUCCCAUGAAACUUUCAAGGUCUCCAACGUUGCCGCGGACGCGCAGUUCCAACUACAAGUGAAGGACCAUGCUACCUUUGGGUCAGACGAUCUUUUGGGAGAGGCAUUGUUCUUUGUUGAUGACCAAGGGUCUAGUGUUGGAAGGGAGCACACCGUCAGAGUUGGCAGUGGUACGGUGACGCUGAAAUCGGCAUUUUUAUCGGCAGAGACUUCGUCUCUGCGUCCUGGUACCUCGUACUCGACCACAGGCGAUAAACUGGACAACGUUGACAGCCCAGAGCGGAAGCCGAGAAGGAGCUUCUUGGCGAAACGAUCGGUGAGCGGGGCGGUGCCUAAUGGUGAUUGA